AUGAAGUUCCAUAAUCUAGUCUUUGUUGAUUUGGGUUCAUUUCAAGCAUUUGGUAUAGCUACAAAUUUAAAACAAUCAAAACUUCCCAAUGAUAGUCGUCCUUUACUUGCUCAACCUAUUUCACAAUCAGCAUCACCAACAUUGUCAUCUAGUCAACAAAAAAUAUUAAAAGUUGAAUUUGAAAUAAAUCCAAUUAGAUAA